CGUCCGUGUACGUGUUUGUGUUAUGUAGUUCGCGUUCUUUCUAUUGUACCUUCGUUAUUUUAGUUGCGUUUUAAAAUAAUUUAAAAUAGUUUUUGUAUUUAUUUAUUUAUGAAUGGACCUAUUAUAAUUUUUAAAAUGCGUAAUACACGAAGUCUCGUUUUUGUGUAUCAAACCAACUUUUUGAAGCAUUCAUAUUCAAAUUGACAAUCUAUCACAUUGAGCAUUUAACAUGAAUGAUAGUCAUAUUAAAAUGAACGUAACAUCGUGUGAUUUGGUUACUGGAGCACAUAUUACGCAUAUAUACAUAAAUCAAACUCCAGAUAAUUUAAAUGAAAAAACAUUAGAUACUAAAUUAUUACAAUCUAAUUCUACGUUUGUGUCGAAAGAAUCCUCGUCACUGUACUCUAGCAGUAUUAAUGACGGUAGGGAUGCGGUGAAUAUCUUAAACAACGCGACUCCAUAUGAAUAUUCUAAAGUUGUUCAAUCUUCUCAGUUGAGACUAGACAAUAAUGGAUCAUAUUCUUGUCAUAUAUGUGUUAAUGAUAAUGCCGCUCUGAAUUCAGUAUGCGAGACUAUUAAUACUGAUGUGAUUCGUCCAGUAUGCAAUGCUGACACAAAUUAUACGUAUCCUUCAUCAGAGGAUGACGAAAGUUAUUGUGGAUAUUCUAUUGCUGAUAUCAGUGAUAUCGAUGACCUAUCAGAUAAUAUUUUAAAUGAUCGUCAAUCUAGUCCACUUAGGGAACAAACGAGGGUACAAACUAAUGGUUCUAGUCAUGGCUAUAAUUCCAGUGGUGAUUCUGAAGCUGAUGGAAUUGUAACGUUUCUGGACAAGCGUAAUAAUGAAGCGGAAGCUCGUUUGGCUGCAAGACGUCAAGCCCGUGCUGAAGCUAGAGAAAUUCGUAUGCGCGAAAUUGAACGGCAACAAAAAGAAGCCGAAGAAAAUGCAGACAAAGCAUUUGACAUGCAUGCAGCAGAUGGGCCUAUUGCAAAUCGAGUAUCACGAGUAGCUGCUAGUACUGCCAGUCCUAGAGCAGCCAGUUCUAUACAUAAUACUAACAGUUACCAAUCUAGUCGACGCAAUUCAGUUGAUUCUCUUGAUGAAUCUACUCCUAACUUUCGAGAUUUUAGGAUGGAAUUAAAAGACUUAGAAGAAAAGUUUCGAAAAGCUAUGGUACAAAAUGCUCAACUUGACAAUGAAAAAGCAGCUGUGACAUAUAUGGUAGAAUUAUAUAAAGACAAGUACACCGAUAUUGAAGAAGAGCUUAUGCAUAUAAAACGAGAACAUAAAGAAAGUUGUAGGGAAAACGAAAAAUUAAAACGUUUAUUGGCUACUCAAAAACUAGAAUCUAUAACACUUCAACAAGAACUAGAAGAGCGUGAUAAACUCAUUGAGGAAAAAGGACUAGUAAUUAUCAGCACAGAACAAGAAUGUUGGAGUGAAAGUGACCAAUGUAAUAAUAAAAUAAAACGUGCCUUAGUUUCUGUUGAAAAUGCUCAAUUGUUACAAGAUGCAGGAGAAGGUUGUUUAGAUGUACGGCUCAAAAAGUUUACUGAAGAACGCAACAGCUAUAUAGAUGAAAUUAACCAGCUCAAAUUAGAGUUGCAAGAGGCCAAACGUCAUAGUGAUAAUCAUUACAAUGGUACAGACUCAGAUGAUUUGGAAGAUGCCCAAAAAGAAACUAAUAAAGUUCUUGGUGAUUAUAAAUUCAAGUGGCAAAAGGCUGAACAGGAUAUUUCUACAUUACAAGCGAAUGUUGCUAGGCUGGAGAGUCAAGUUAUUAGAUAUAAAACAGCUUCUGAAGCAUCUGAAAAAGCUGAAGAUGAACUGAAAUUGGAAAAACGAAAACUACAGCGUGAGCUUCGAGAAGCUCAAGCAAAAGUUGAAGAGUUGGAGACAUCCAAUAUGCAUUUGUUAAAACGCUUUGACAAAUUAAAGAACGCCAAAUCUAGUUUACUAAAAGAUUUAUAAUAGACUUUGUUAUCACUAUCGAACAAAACUGAAAAUACGAUUUGUUGUGCAAUAAAAUCUACAUUCAUCAUCAGUGUCACAUCACACAAUUGAUAAUAGAAAGAUGUGCAAAACAAGAUAAGAAAUAUAAAAUAAUUAAAAAUAUAAUUUAGUAUAUAAUUUUUUGAAUAAUUAAAUUUAUAUUAAUAAAUAUUUAAUAACAAAAUACUAAUAAUUAUAGAAAAAUAUAAUUUCUGUGUAAAAAUUGUUUUAUUUUAAUUGAAAUUACAAUCUAACAUUAUCAUUUUAUAAAUGUUUUAUUUUAUAUUAAGUAUAUUUAAUUAUCAAUUUAUUUUGAAAUAAUAAAAUUCUUUAUUUUUGUUGAUUUGACUAUUGUUCCAUAGCUAUCAACCAAUAAUCCAACUUUUAUUGAUGGUAAAUAUUUUUAUUAUUAGUACUUCUGUAUUAGUUGAACCUUGUUAAACCAAAAUAAGUGGCUCACUCUAUAAUUUAUUACUGAAUAUUUUAUCUAGUAUAUUUACUAUGAAUACUCUACUAUAAAUUUUAAAUUUACUUUUCCUAAACUUGAAUUUUUAUAAACAUCAUAGCAAUACAUUAUAAAAACAUAUAUUAAUCUCUUUAUCACUAAUGUGUAUACUUGAACAUCUUUAUUAACAAAACUUGUAUGUAUAUUGUAUUUAUUUUAUUAUUAUUAUUAUUAUUAUUAUUUUAAUUACUCUAGUAGUAUGAAUGUGUAAAUAGGUAUCACAUGUAAAUGAUACUUGUCUAUUUACUUUUCUUAACAAGAUAAAAUUACCAAUGGUUUAUUUUAUAUUAGAAAAAAGUAAGCAUUUGAGCAUCUUUUAAAAUAUUCUCUUAAAUGUUGCUAUCUAAUACUGAAAUUAGGUAAUAAAAAUAUUUUAAAGUUAAAGUUUGUAAUUUUAUAGAUUUAUUAUACUAUUUGAGUUUUGAAAAUAAAAUAUUAAAAAAAUACAAGACACGGUAAUUUUAUUUUGUUAUUCAUUCAUUUACUUUUGAAGUAAAAUUAAUUUACUAUACUCAGUUUCAUGUAAGACUAGACUCAAGCAGACGGCUUCGCCCUGGAUAAAAUGCGUCACUUUAUUAUUCCAACAACCGCCUAGCCUGCAUUUUGCUUAGAUUAACACUGUUGAGCAAUUUUUUUGUCAUAGAAAAUUAAAACUGAUUUAUCUUGAGGUGUGAUGGUCUUAUAACUGUUAACCGUAUGAAAAUAAGACGUCACGUGAGGCUAUUCUUAUAUGAGACAGAGGCUCUAUGUAGUUAAAAGUUAUGAAAUAUAUAUAUAAAUUACUACAGAUAAUAUGUUGUAUUUAUUAAAAAUAAUAAUAACAACAAUCAUUUAGUAUAGUUUACUUAUCUAAUUUUUAUAUUUAUUAACUAUUAAAACUAAAAUUGUUAUUUAAAAAAGUAACAAAAUAAAUUCAAAUGCAUUUCCAUAAUAAA